ACAGAGUGUCGAUUACUUCCUGGUUGGAAUCACGUGGUCUGUGCCCUCUGCAGCCAUUGACAGACAUGUCUAGAAAUAGCAGAAUAGUGCUCAUUUUCGGGGGUUUUAUCACUGCAGUGGCAGCAGCUUUUUACCCUAUAUAUUUUUACCCUAUGAAGCACAUAGAUGAAUACAAGAAAGAACAAGCUGUAAAUCGGGCUGAUGUGGUUCAGGAAGACGUGCAGCCAGUAGGUCUGAAAGUAUGGUCUGACCCAUUCGCAGGAAGUAAAAAGUAAUCUGCGUUACAUAAAGACAAAUCCUUUCCUCUAAAUGCUAAAUUAUGGAAAAUCCUUUUAUUUUGUCUGCUUUUGUACAAAAUAUAAAUAAAACAAGCACUUUGGUUUAUUU